AACAGUUGAAGAAAAAUUUAUAAUACUCUUCCUCAUUUCGUUUUCAGCCGGCAACGUAGCAACUACUGGCUGGGUACAGUUCCAAAUCCCCAGUCACUGUAAUAAUUAGUUUUAUUAAUUUGAUCCGUAAGCAUCCGGGUAUUUUCAACUCGAAACUUAUUUAUGAAAUGUAAAAGAAUAUGUAUUUGUACAAUCUAACUCUUCAAAAGGCCACGGGUGUUACCCAUGCCGUCCAUGGCAACUUUUCGGGAGGUAAGCAGCAAGAAGUCCUAGUUUCUCGUGGCAAAACCUUGGAACUAGUAAGGCCCGACUCCAAUACCGGCAAAGUACAUACAGUAUUAUCCACUGAAGUUUUUGGUUGCGUAAGAUCAUUAAUGGCAUUCCGUUUGACUGGAGGAAAUAAAGAUUACAUAGUUGUGGGUUCCGAUUCUGGGCGCAUUGUUAUACUUGAAUACAAUCCUACCAAGAAUUGCUUGGAUAAAGUACAUCAGGAAACAUUUGGCAAAUCAGGAUGUCGUCGCAUUGUUCCUGGUCAAUAUUUGGCGAUCGAUCCCAAAGGACGUGCCGUUAUGAUUGGCGCUGUAGAGAAACAAAAACUGGCCUAUAUACUUAAUAGAGAUGCUCAAGCUCGUUUAACAAUAUCUUCACCAUUAGAAGCCCACAAAUCGAAUACUUUCACAUACCACAUGGUUGGAGUUGAUGUUGGAUUUGAUAAUCCCAUGUUUGCCUGUCUGGAAAUUGACUAUGAAGAAGCUGAUAAUGAUCCAACAGGCGAUGCAGCUGAACGUACUCAACAAACAUUGACAUUUUAUGAAUUGGAUUUGGGAUUGAAUCAUGUUGUACGCAAGUACUCGGAGCCUCUGGAAGAACAUGCAAAUUUUCUUAUCUCGGUUCCUGGAGGUAAUGAUGGCCCUUCGGGUGUACUCAUUUGCUCCGAGAAUUAUUUGACAUAUAAGAAUUUGGGCGAUCAACACGAUAUUCGUUGUCCAAUACCAAGACGUCGCAACGAUUUAGAUGAUCCUGAGCGUGGCAUGAUAUUCAUAUGCUCAGCCACACAUCGCACCAAAAGCAUGUAUUUCUUCUUGGUACAGACCGAACAAGGCGAUAUAUUUAAGGUCACUCUUGAAACCGAUGACGAUGUAGUGUCCGAGAUCAAAUUGAAGUAUUUCGAUACUGUGCCCCCAGCCGUCUCAAUGUGUGUUUUAAAAACUGGCUUCCUUUUUGUGGCCUGUGAAUUUGGCAAUCAUUAUUUGUAUCAAAUAGCCCAUUUGGGCGAUGACGAUGAUGAGCCCGAGUUUAGCUCAGCCAUGCCUUUGGAGGAGGGUGAAACAUUCUUUUUCGCACCACGUCCUUUGAAAAAUCUUAUAAUGGUCGAUGAAUUGCCCUCAUUUGCUCCAAUUAUUUCUUCACAUGUGGCGGAUUUAGCCAACGAGGACACACCCCAAUUAUAUGUGCUAUGUGGCCGGGGUCCUCGUUCAUCUUUGCGUGUAUUACGUCACGGUUUAGAGGUGUCUGAGAUGGCUGUAUCUGAGCUUCCCGGUAAUCCAAAUGCCGUAUGGACGGUUAAAAAACGUAUUGAUGAUGAAUUCGAUGCUUAUAUUAUUGUGUCAUUCGUAAAUGCCACUUUGGUCUUGAGCAUUGGUGAGACGGUAGAGGAAGUUACGGAUAGUGGAUUUUUGGGCACCACACCCACAUUGUGUUGUGCAGCAUUGGGAGAAGAUGCUUUGGUGCAGGUAUACCCAGACGGUAUACGGCAUAUACGAUCUGAUAAACGUGUCAACGAAUGGCGGGCCCCUGGCAAGAAAUCCAUCACAAAAUGUGCCGUCAAUCAAAGACAGGUGGUCAUAACGCUAUCAGGACGUGAACUUGUUUACUUUGAAAUGGAUGCGACGGGCGAACUCAAUGAAUACACUGAACGUUCCGAAAUGCCAGCAGAAAUUAUGUGUAUGGCUCUUGGCACCGUCCCGGAGGGCGAACAAAGAUCUUGGUUUUUGGCUGUGGGUUUAUCGGAUAACACUGUGCGUAUAAUAUCCUUAGAUCCUAAUGAUUGCCUUACCCCAUGUUCCAUGCAAGCAUUGCCAUCACCCGCCGAAUCAUUGUGUCUCGUCGAAAUGGGCCACACUGAAAGUUCAACCAGUCCAAAUGACGAUAAUGAACGCCCAAAUGCCGCGCCCACAAAGGGAACCAUAUACCUCAAUAUCGGUCUGAGCAACGGUGUUUUAUUGCGUACGGUACUAGACCCUGUGUCCGGAGACUUGGCUGAUACCCGUACCCGCUAUUUGGGUUCGAGACCUGUUAAGCUAUUUCGCAUACGUAUGCAGGGCUCUGAGGCUGUAUUGGCAAUGUCAAGUCGCUCUUGGCUGUCCUACUAUUAUCAAAAUCGUUUCCAUCUAACGCCGCUAUCAUACGAAACAUUGGAGUACGCUUCGGGAUUUUCGAGCGAGCAGUGCAGUGAAGGUAUAGUGGCAAUAUCUACCAACACCUUGCGUAUUCUGGCGUUGGAAAAAUUGGGAGCGGUUUUCAAUCAAGUUUCCUUUGGCUUAGAGUAUACACCUAGAGUAUUUGUCAUACAUCCCGACACAUCUCGAAUGAUAAUUGCCGAGACCGAUCACAAUGCAUACACGGAGGAUACGAAAAAUGCUCGCAAACAACAAAUGGCCGAAGAAAUGCGCAUGGCUGCUGGCGAUGAAGAGCGAGAAUUGGCCAAUGAAAUGGCAAAUGCAUUUAUAAAUGAAGUAUUACCGGAGGAAAUUUUCUCAGCGCCAAAGGCAGGUGUUGGUUUAUGGGCCUCACAGAUCAGAGCAAUUGAUCCCAUACAGGGUCAGACAUUGUUUAAAAUCCCUCUGACGCAGAAUGAAGCUAUAUUGUCAAUGGCAAUUUUAAAAUUUGCUGUAGCCCAGGAUGGCCGCUAUUAUUUGGCCGUUGGCAUUGCCAAAGAACUAAUGUUGAAUCCACGUAUUACCAACGGGGGUUACAUUGAUGUCUAUAAAAUCGAUCCCACCUGCUCAUCAUUGGAAUUCAUGCAUCGCACUGAAUUGGAUGAAGUACCCGGUGCAUUGUGUGCCUUUCAAGGUCGCUUAUUGGCAGGAUGUGGUCGCAUAUUGCGUAUAUAUGACUAUGGCAAGAAAAAGCUUCUACGAAAAUGCGAAAACAAACAUAUUCCAUACCAGAUUGUAAAUAUACAAGCAAUGGGUCAUCGUGUCUACGUGUCGGAUGUGCAGGAAUCUGUGUUCUUCCUGCGUUACAAACGGGCUGAAAAUCAGUUAAUCAUCUUUGCCGAUGACACUCAUCCCAGAUGGGUAACGGCCACCACAUUGUUGGAUUAUGACACCAUAGCUAUAGGCGAUAAAUUUGGCAACAUGUGUAUACAACGUUUACCACAUUCCGUUACCGACGAUGUUGAUGAAGAUCCAACCGGUACUAAGUCAUUGUGGGAUCGGGGCUUACUAUCUGGCGCAUCUCAAAAAUCGGAAAACAUUUCCACCUACAAUGUAGGUGAGAUUAUUAUGUCCUUGCAAAAAGCCACCCUAAUACCGGGUGGUUCGGAAGCUAUGAUCUAUACUACGCUGAGUGGCACAGUUGGGGCAUUUGUGCCGUUUACUAGUCGCGAAGAUUUUGAUUUCUUUCAACACCUUGAAAUGCAUAUGCGAAAUGAAAAUCCUCCACUUUGUGGACGUGAUCAUCUUAGUUAUCGCAGUGCUUACUACCCGGUGAAAAAUGUUAUUGAUGGAGAUCUUUGUGAACAAUAUCUCUCCAUAGAUCCUUCGAAGCAGAAGACUAUAGCCGCAGAUAUGUUCCGAACGCCUAAUCAGGUGUGCAAGAAAUUGGAAGAUAUAAGAACGCGAUAUGCUUUCUAAGGCGUUCAUCUAACAAAACAGCGGAUAAAAUAUAUCACAGCGCAAGGGCGUGACCGCCGGCCAACAUAUUUUUUUAUAUAUUACAAUUAUUUAAGGUGGUAAAUUUAAUGUAGUAUAAGUAUUGGAAAGGAUUCAGAAUUAGACUUAACACAGAUGGUACGCAUGCAGGAGUGGAGAAGUUCUAAUAAUAGAUCCAUAUAAUAAGAUUUUUUUCAUUUAUCGCCAGCAUUCACACUACAUUUAUUUAAAGAAGAUGGCCUCACACCAUUUUCUCAAUGUACCAUUCAUUCACAUUUAAACAACCACAUUUAUGGCUGCCAAAUCUCUAAUUUAAGCUAAUGAAACAAAUUAUAAACCAUUAAUUUAAUUAUAAUACUAAUAAUAAACCCGAUAUAUAGUCUUAUAAAAA